AUGCAGGCCACGGAUCCGGCCGCGGCGGGUCUCUACGAGGAGGACAGCAGAGACCUGGACUUCUACGACUUCGAGCCGCUCCCCACUCUGCCGGAGGACGAGGAAAAUGUAUCUCUGGCCGACAUCCUCUCCCUGCGGGACAGCGGCCUCAGUGAGCAGGAGGCCUGGGCCGUGUGCCUGGAGUGCAGCCUGUCCAUGCGCAGUGUCGCACAUGCAGCCAUCUUCCAGACGCUGUGCAUCACGCCUGACACCCUGGCCUUCAACACCAGCGGGAACGUGUGCUUCAUGGAGCAGCUUAGCGAUGACCCCGAGGGCGCUUUUGUCCCCCCGGAGUUCGAUGUGACCGGAAACACCUUUGAGGCACACAUCUACUCCCUGGGCGCCACGCUGAAGGCCGCCCUCGAGUAUGUGGCGGAGCCCGCUCUAGAACCCAGGCUGAGCCACGACCUGGAUGUGCUGCUGGGCCAGAUGCAGGCGGAGGACCCCAGGGACCGGCCUGACCUGGAGAGCAUCAUAGCGCUGUGCCAGGAGAAGAUGCAGCUGGCGUCCUCCUGCCGCCUGUGCCAGAGCCUCUCUGCUGCGGGGAGGAGGGUGCUCUCCAUCGAGUCCUUUGGAGCACUGCAGGAUGUUGGGGAGAACGUCUGGCGGCAGAGACCUGCUCCCAGAAGCACAGGGCCCAGGAGACCACCUGGAGACCGCAGCACUGACUCAGAGCCCCUGUCCCCAACCCCUGCAGGGCCAGAGCCAGAGACCAGCCCCCAACCCUCCACUCCCACUCCUUUGCCACACACUUCUGUGAGAAACAGUGACAGUCACACCCAGGAGGGGCUGGCCAGCCUCUGUCUGGACACUGGGGGGCCCCUGGAUGAGCUGGACAGUGACCUCAGGAGGGGCCACCUGAGGAAAGUGCAGACUGUCCUUAGGCUCUUGCCCGACAGCCCGGAGGCCAGCUCUCUCCACUUGUCACUGGCCAGUGGGGAAAACCAGCUGCCCACAUCCGAACUCUUCCCUCCAGACCCUGGGAAGAUCUUUACAGAAGGGAAAAGUGAAGCCUGUAGCUCCAGGGCAUGGCCUACAUGCAGACCACGGUCUGAGCAGGACCCCACAUCCCAGCUAGAGGGGGAUCCCAGUGCAGACUGCAGCAGGGAUAAGGGACCUGGGGGGCCAGGCAACUCGGGAUGGCCUGAGGCCUCACACCCUGGCCGGAAGCUGACAGAGGACAGACCCUCACCCUGUCCCAAAGACCCUCAUGAGGCAGGCCAUGAGGCUUGGAUGCCUAGAGGAGACAAGGGGACUCUGGAAAGAGCCGGACAGCCAGGAGCUGCUGCCACGGAGGAGUGGGUGUCCCUGCAGGACCUCCUGGGGCAGCUGGGCCGGCCCCUCCAGGAGUACGAGUUGUGGGCCCUCUGCCUCGCCUGCCUAGGCAUGCUGCGGACGCUCCCCGAGCACCCAGCCUACCUGUGUCUGGACUCCGUGCUGGUGGCCGAGGACGGUGCUGUGCUCUUCGGGCCACCCCCAGCUGAUGGCUCUUAUGAUGCAUUCUUCCUGGCUCCCGAGGUGGCAGAAAAAAGGCUGGUGACUGAGAAGGCCUCGGUGUACUGCGUGGCUGCCAUCCUGUGGACAGCUGCCAAGUUCAGCGUUCCUCGCAACCAUAAGUUGGCCCUGCCACGCAGGCUGAAAACUCUCCUCCUAGACAUGGCCAAGUGCAGUGCCACGGAGCGGCCAUCCAUCGCUGAGGCCAGCAAGGUGUGUGGCAGUUACCUCCUCCAGCGGGGCAUGGACAGCGGGAAGGUCUUGGCCCACCUGAGAGCGUCCACCUGCAAGGUUUACGCGGAAGAACAGAGCAUCAGUCUCCAAAAGGUUUUCUUGGUGGCUGAGCCGAAGCCCAGCGCGGUGCCCACUCCAGAGUCCAGCCCAGGCUUCAUGACAAUCAGCAGCAACACCAGACUUGUGGCUGUGCCAGGUCUCAUACCCUGCCAUCCCUUCUGCUGCGAAGGAGCCGCCCUGCUGCCAGCUGCCUUCACCUCUGAGGCCACUCACUUUAGGCCCAUAAUCCUCGCAGAAGACACUACAGUUCCCCGGGACCAGCCUGCCUUGAGCUCAGGGCCAGUGGAGGGGCCAGCGGAGAGAACCAGCCAGCCAGAGAGCAGCGGUGAGGGGACACACUGCCCCAGGGUCCCCUCUGGAAAUAGCCUGGAGGCACCUGGUCCAGGGCCCCAAGAAAUGGCCCCGGAACCUCUCAGAGAGUCCGUACUUCCAGGCUUUGCCCUGGGGAACCCACACUCCCCACCCCUAGCCCCUGAGAACCUGCUGGAGGGGGCCUUAUCAGUGACUUCCAGCUCGGCUGACCCCACCCCACCCCUGAAGCCAUUGGUGCCACUCCCACAGCAAGGGACAGAUGGGCAGGUUCUACCUGGAUCCACUUCUGGACUCAAGCCCUGCCUCCCAGGGCCUACCAUAGCCAGCCAUGGCCCCCGCCAUCCCCCUAAGCCACCUCGGAGUAAGGCCACUGAGCGCCUAGGCCACGAGCCAGAGGGCCCCCCACCAGCCUCAUGGGGCCCCGCCCUGGCCAGGGAGAAUUCAGACAGCCCCAAGGGCAGCCCUGCCGGGGGGUGUGGUGACAGUACCCCCAAGAGGCCCCAGCCAACAGACUGCAAGCUCUGCCUGCCCAGCGUGGACCCUUCACCCUUUGCAAAGAAGGAGGCCUGCCCAUCCCUUCAAGAGGCUACACGCCUUAUUCAGGAGGAGUUCGCCUUUGAUGGCUACCUGGACAAUGGGCUGGAGGUCCUGAUCAUGGGGGAAUAUAUUUUCGCCUUGAAAGAUCUCACCUUUGCCACUUUCUGUGGCGCCAUUUCUGAGAAGUUCUGUGACCUCUACUGGGAUGAGAAGCUGCUACAGAACCUCUUCAAAGUGGUGAAUGGGCCGACCCUGCCCUCCCAGAGCACUUCCGAAGAGGCUGGGUCUCCAGAGUGCAGGCCAAGUGGUGGGUCACCAUCCAGCCAGACACCCUCUCUGCAAGGACUAGGAAAAGAGAAGCCAGCUGCGGCCAGGACUGGGCGAGCCCCCAGCUUAGCCCCCACCCUGCCAGACCUGGACUCGGACGAGCUCUCACAGGGGAACUUCGAGGUGGGGUUUAGGCCACAGAAGUCUGUAAGAGCCGAGAGACAGCAGCCUGAGGACAGCCAACCAGUUGGUGGGGCCUCAGACGCAGAGACAGUGGCUCAACUGGCCAGGCCUGGGGAGGGUGGCCCUGCAGUGUCCCCUGGCCCAGCUGCGUUCCAGAGCUGCAGCCCCGGCUGGUCCAGCGCUUUCUACGAAGCUGACUGCUUUGGGGCGGAUGUGCACAACUACGUGAAGGCCCUGGGGCGGCAGAUGGCAAGUGGCCUCUCACAGCUGGACACCCAGGCCCCGGAGCUGGAGCAGCAGCUCCUCAUAGAGAGGAGAAACUACCGGAAGACUCUGAAGUUCUACCAGAAACUCUUACAGAAGGAAAAGCGGAGUAAAGGCUCCGAGGUCAGAGCCAUGCUGGCCAAGUUGCGGGCACAGCUGGAGGAGAUGAGGGCCAAGGUGCAGUUCCUCGGCCUGGUCAAGAAGUACCUGCAGGUCCUGUAUGCGGAGCGCUGGGGCCUGGAGCCCUGCGCCCUGCCAGUGAUUGUGAACAUCGCGGCCGCCCCCUGUGACACACUGGACUUCAGCCCCCUGGACGAGUCCUCCUCCCUCAUCUUCUACAACGUCAACAAGCCCCCAGGCGGCGGGCGGCAGAGGAAAGCACGCGUCCUGCAGGCUGGCACGCCACUAGGGCUCAUGACCUACCUGUACUCCAGCGAUGCCUUCCUCGAGGGCUACGUCCAACAAUUCCUCUACACCUUCCGCUACUUCUGCACACCGCAUGACUUCCUGCACUUCCUCCUGGACCGCAUCAGCGGCACCCUGCCCAGGGCCCACCAGGACCCCACGUCGACCUUCACCAAGAUCUACAAGCGGAGCCUCUGCGUCCUGCAGGCCUGGCUGGAAGACUGCUACACCGUGGACUUCACCAGGAAUACAGGGCUGCAGGGGCGGCUGGAAGACUUCAUCUCCUCUAAGAUCCUGCCCUUGGAUGGCUCUGCCGAACAUCUGCUGGGCCUUCUGGAAGUACACACAGAUAGGCGGGCUGAAGGUGCCCCUCGAGGCACAGACUUGGAGGAUAUCAAGGAGGCUGAGGAGGAUACCAGACCCUUCAACGCCCUCUGUAAGAGGCUCUCUGAGGACGGCAUCUCCCGGAAGAGCUUCCCCUGGAGACUGCCCCGGGGCAAUGGGCUGGCACUGCCACAGCACAAGGAGCGCCCAUACACCAUCGCUGCUGCCCUGCCCAAGCCUUGCUUCCUCGAGGACUUCUAUGGUCCCUGUGCCAAAGCCAGCGAGAAGGGGCCCUACUUCCUGACAGAGUACAGCACACAUCAGCUCUUCAGUCAACUGACGCUGCUGCAGCAGGAAUUGUUUCAAAAGUGCCAUCCUGUCCACUUCCUGAACUCACGAGCCCUGGGCGUCAUGGACAAAAGCACAGCCUUCUCCAAGUCCAGCUCUUCUGAGUCCCUGUCGGCCAAAACCUGCAGCUUAUUUCUGCCCAAUUACAUCCAGGACAAGUACCUGUUACAGCUUUUAAGAAACGCUGACGACAUCACCACCUGGGUGGCUGCCGAAAUCGUGACCAGCCACACCUCCAAGUUGCAAGUGAACUUGCUGUCCAAAUUUUUGCUGAUUGCAAAAUCUUGCUACGAGCAGAGGAACUUUGCGACAGCCAUGCAGAUCCUGGGUGGGCUGGAGCACCUGGCUGUGAGGCAGUCUCCUGCCUGGAGAAUUCUUCCCGCAAAGAUGGCAGAGAUUCUGGAGGAGCUAAAAGCUGUGGAGGUCUUCCUGAAGAGUGACAGCCUAUGUCUAAUGGAAGGGAGGCGCUUCCGGGCCCAGCCCACUCUGCCCUCAGCUCGCCUCCUGGCCAUGCAUGUCCAGCAGCUGGAGACAGGGGGCUUUACUAUGACCAAUGGUGCCCACAGGUGGGGCAAGCUCAGAAACAUAGCCAAAGUGGUGAGCCAGGUCCACGCAUUCCAGGAGAACCCCUACGCGUUCAGCCCAGACCCCAAGCUCCAGUCGUACCUCAAGCAGAGGAUCGCUCGCUUCAGUGGGGCCGACAUCUCCACCUUGGCGGCAGACAGCAGGACCAACUCCCACCAGGUCUCCAGUGAGAAACACUCGCGCAAGAUCCAGGACAAGCUGCGUAGGAUGAAAGCCACAUUCCAGUAGCCAAGCAGAGUCGGGUGUGGAAUUC